AUGAAGUUAGCAAUAUCAUCAAAUUCAGAAGAAAAAUCAUCUUAUAAUGUUAAAGAAUAAGACAGAAUAUUAAAAAAUUCAAAUAUUUAUAAAUAAAAAGCCAAUUCUCAUUUGAAUUGUUUAAAGCAUCCAAAUAAAAAGUAUAAAUAAUAAAAUUUUUAUUUAUAGGCUAAAUAUUAUACCGAAAAUGAUAAUCGAACAUUUUUUUUGUUCUAAAUGUGCCUUGAAUUUAGCCUUGAAGAGUCAUGAAAUUGAAGAAAAUGCUGUAGCAGAAUUAGAAUUUCAAAGACAAAUGAGAAUUAAUUAAUUUUAAGAAACGAAGAAAUAAGCCGUAUUAGUUUGCAAUUCAAAAAUAUUAGGCUUAAAUAAUCUCUAAAUUAGCCAAAAGUAAAAGCUUGAAGAUUAAAAUACCGUUAAAUUUUUUGAAUAGGUAAUUGAAACAGCUCAUUAAUUAAAUAAACUUAUAUACAAAAGUUUUAAAAUGAUCCAUUCAAGUCUAGAAUAGAAUAAAUUGGAUUAUCAAUAAGCUGUGACAAAUAAUGAGAAAUAAUUAUAAUAAUACUAAAUUGACAUUUCGAAGAUAUAAUGCAAAGAUAAGAGAAGUGAAUAAGAAGUAUUUAACAAUUAUUAACUGAAAUCAGGUGUAAAAAUCAAUUAGUUUGAAAUAUCUUCAUUUUUAACAUUUUAUGAAUAAUAAUGUGCUACAAUAUUUUGUUGA